AUGGGCUCCGGGACGGAGCAGCUGAUUUAGGAGCCCCGGUGGGAAGUCAGGCCAAGGCGAAGUUCCCAGAAGACUGGGUGUGGCGCCGGCGCUCACUCGGGGGCGGGCAGGGGGCGGCUCCCUGUUUCUAUUUUUAAAAUGCUUAUAAAGAUCUUCCAAAGACCAUGGAGGAGGGCGAGAGGGCCCUCGCGUUACAAUCACAGACUCCAGCCAGCACCACAGGGAUGGAGUACAUGAGCACUGGGAGUGACCACAAGGAGGACAUCGAUUUAUUCAUCGGCCAUUUAAAUGUGUCGGAUGUCAUAGACAUCAUGGAAAAUCUGUACACGAGCGGGGAGCCAGCCAUGUACGAACCCAGUCUGAGGAGCGUGUGUCAGGACAGCGGUCAGAGCGAGGAGGCCCCGGAGCCGCUGCUGCGGAGUGGCCAGGAGGUGCCGUGGUUUUCGUCAGUCAGAUACGGAACUGUGGAGGACCUGCUGGCUUUCGCGAAUCAUAUAUCCAACACUGCAAAGCGUUUCUAUGGACACCGAAUGCAGGAAUCUGGGAUUUUAUUAAACAUGGUAAUCUCUCCCCAGAACGGCCGCUACCAAAUAGACUCCGAUGUUCUCCUCGUCCCGUGGAAGCUGACUUACAGGAACAUUGGCUCCGAUUUCAUUCCUCGCGGGGCCUUUGGGAAAGUGUACUUAGCUCAAGAUAUAAAGACCAAGAAAAGAAUGGCAUGCAAACUGAUCCCCAUAGAGCAGUUUAAGCCAUCGGACGUGGAAAUACAGGCUCGCUUCCGGCACGAGAACAUCGCAGAGCUGUACGGUGCUGUCCUGUGGGGAGACACCGUCCACCUCUUCAUGGAGGCGGGCGAGGGAGGGUCUGUCCUGGAGAAACUGGAGAGCUGUGGACCCAUGAGAGAGUUUGAAAUUAUUUGGGUGACAAAACAUGUGCUGAAGGGACUCGACUUUCUGCACUCCAAGAAGGUGAUCCACCACGACGUUAAACCCAGCAACAUUGUCUUCAUGUCCACAAAAGCUGUUUUGGUGGAUUUUGGCCUAAGUGUUCAAAUGACUGAAGACACCUAUUUUCCUAAGGACCUACGAGGGACAGAGAUUUACAUGAGCCCUGAAGUGAUCCUGUGCCGGGGCCACUCCACCAAAGCCGACAUCUACAGCCUGGGCGCCACCCUCAUCCACAUGCAGACCGGCACCCCGCCCUGGGUGAAGCGCUACCCCCGUUCUGCCUACCCCUCCUACCUGUACAUAAUCCACAAGCGGGCGCCCCCGCUGGAGGACAUCGCUGGUAACUGCAGCCCUGGCCUGAGAGAGCUGAUGGAAGCUGCCCUGGAGCGGAACCCAAACCUCCGUCCCAGAGCCGCAGACCUGCUGCGACACGAAGCCCUGAACCCGCCCAGAGAGGACCAGCCACGCUGCCAGAGCCUGGACUCUGCCCUGUUCGAGCGGAAGAGGCUGCUGAAUAGGAAGGAACCGGAGCUUCCUGAGAACAUUGCUGAUUCUUCGUGCACAGCAAGCACCGAGGAGUCUGAGGCGCUCAGGCGGCAGCGCUCCCUCUACAUCGACCUGGGCGCCGUGGCCGGCUAUUUCAACCUCGUCCGAGGCCCCCCGACGCUGGAAUACGGCUGAGCGCACGUGUCCACGAGAGGAGAGCGCGGCCCCCAGAAGCUGGCUUGGGAGAGGGGAACGCAUCCUCUCGGGAUGGGGAGGACUCCCAAGACAGGACUGCGACUGCGGGGCCGGGUGGGGGGCAGCGUAUUUGUUUUGUGAAGACCUCCCAGCCCCCAGCAGCUCCCAAGGUUCUCAUUUCCCGGGCAUAGGACUUGGCGGAAGGAGCGUGCUCAUGUCAGGAUUGCCGGUGACUGAGUCCGUUUUUUUUUUUUGUGCACUUUGAAAUUUUAAAACUCACAAUCACAAAUAUGUUCGUCUCCAAUUACUGUUCUUGGUUCUUAUUAUUUAUGAGAUCUUCACUUAGAAUAGUUGUUUUGCAUAUGUUAAUGUAUAUGAGAACUCUGAGCCUUUUUGGUAGAUCCUAGUAUAAACUUAAUUCGUUAUAGUUUGGGUGAAUAGAACAACUUGAAUUUUGUGGCAGUAAGCUUGACUAGUGUCCUAAAAGUGGCGGUUUAACUGGGAGCCAUCUGCAUGCAGGCCACUAGCGACAGUCUUUGUUAAGUUCCUAUGGAAACACUGUGUACUAUACACACUAUGUUUAAAACAUUUAAAACAUUAAGUUUUGAAUGUGGAUAAAACUGUGUAAACCACAUAAUUUCUGUACAUCCCAAAGGAUGAGAAAUGUGACCUUUAAGAAGAUGGAAACUUUUGUAAAUUCUUGGUGAUGCUACUUUUGUAAUUCUUGUAACUAUUUUCCUUAAAGAAUUUGUACAUUAAAAUAACAUACUAUGUAUGUUUUAUGUCACAUGCUUUCAUGAGUCUUUCUUCCAUAACUAUACAUGUAUUUUUAAGCACUGUAAAGUAUGUAGAUAUUUCUACUUAAUAUAUGUUUUUGCAUCCUGUUAAUGAAGCCCAACACUUCCGCCCAACGUGUCUGGUCAGUUAGCUGAA